AUGAAUCCCGCUGGACAUCCGAGGUCCUCGAAGAGGUUGGCCAACAAGCGACGCCAGCUGAAGUUGAAGAUCCUGCUACUCCAAGAACGACUUUCCACCCUCGAAGAAGACCAGCAAUUGCCAUCCAUGCCGGAGUUCCGGGUGUUCGCGAAGAACAUCGAGCGAUUCUACGGUGAGUUAGAUCGAGUGCUGCGAGAAAUUGAGGAUUGCGACAGUUUUGCCGAUGAACGAGACGCCCACGACAUGGAGUGUGCGGCGAUUGAGGGGCUACUCCAAGGAGUCAACAACAAGAUUGUAGCCCUCAGUCUCGCACUGCUGUCCAAGCCCGUCCAAGCCACUGAACAGCAACAAGUCCAGCCUUUAGCAGUCUCGCAGCAGGUUGCCAUCCCAACUCCGCUUUUCACGAACGACGCUCGUGGUGAAGGAGAGUGUACCGGUGACUGCGAUGUUCCGGAGAGAACCGACCUAGCUGCAGCUGAUGCUAAGGUAUGUGCCCCAAUUCAACUCCUCUCGAGCCCAUCCAACGCAACCACAGAGCGUGGCGACCCGUUGUGCACGCGGUGCAACGGUUGCCACUUGAGUACCGACUGCUUUGUACCCAGUGAAGUACCUCUCGGACAGAGUCACGAGACGAACUCCAACCUGAAAGCCUUCCAAAGCAUGCCAGACAGUCCCGCCGAACCUGAAGUGGUUCAACACGAAGCCUCGACAAGAGUUCGAGGUGACGUCGACAUGUCCGGCGAUUCGGGCGUACCUCCUACGCUGCGGUCAGAAGAGCGGAUACGCGGUGACCUCGACGUUGGCUGGUGUCAGCCAGUGGAACUUGGUUCACUGCUACCAGCCGACGCAGAACGAGAAGACGCCAAGUCCGAUGACCCAAGGCAGGGGACAGCUGGACUGGUAGACGAAGAUCGCGAUAUCGCCACGAACCAGGCAGUGAAGGACGAGGACGCUCGAUCACUGCAACCAGCCGAAGCCGACGAAGUGAACGACGAGGACCGUUCGCUUUCGAUCAAUGCACAGCCCGUUUGCACAUCACCAGCCGUCCAAGAGGACGCAGCCACAAAGCCAAGCCACAAGAGUGAGACGUACAGCUGCCAGCUAUACAACGCCAACGUCGCACGAUCGACUGAUCGUGUCCGUGCAGCCAGAAAGUUUGCGGAGAAGCUGCUGCAGUCCGUGAUCUUCACCAACAACGAGAAGCAGUCCCGUUUGGUUUGGGACCCGGGAUUGCAGCUGAGAUCUGCCUCCCGCUCAACCAUUCGACCAACCGAAGAACACCACCAGAUGGCAGCAAGCUCGGGACGAAGCAUGCGCAUCUGA